AUGAUAUACGGCAAUUCAACGGAUGUGAACAUACCGUUUGACCACCACUUCCACACCGAACCCAUACUGCCAUUCAAUACUUGGGGUUCAUUUCGUGCCAUUCCAUACUUCGGUCUCCAGACUUCAUCACCAGAUUCACCACUUAUUGGUUUAGUUUGGUUUAACAAUAACGCCAAAGAUGUGUCUGCCCUUCACGUGAGACACUGGUGUGAACAGGAUGAUGGACUGACCUAUGGCUGGAAAUAUCAUAACUUCGAUGACUUUGGAUUUCAGACUAUUAAAGAUAAUGACUAUAAUUUUAAUACUAGCUUUAUUAAAUAUGCAGCUGAUAAUUGGAAAGCACUGGUAUCUGUAAACCAAACAAAUGCUAAACCCAUAAAUUCAAAUAACGACAGUAUUUCGCUGAUCAUCUACCUGUCCAUUCAAAGGGAUAAGGAUGUGAUUCACAUCAAGCUGAUAAUUGGAAAGCACUGGUAUCUUAUUUCGCUGAUCAUCUACCUGUCCAUUCAAAGGGAUAAGGAUGUGAUUCACAUCAAUGGCUAUAAUUCAAGUUCUAUACAAAUCACUGGAUUCAAUGAAUUUAUAGGAAAUUUCUCACUAAAUAUUACUUCGCAAGGAGAUCCAGUCUUAUAUAGUGGACAGUUAGACAGUGACUCAUCGAUUGUGGAUGUAAUCAAAGAAAUUAAAUCUAAUUUGACACCAAUUGUAGUAAACGGGACACAAAUAUAUGAAUUAAAAACACAAAAAGUACCCAGUCGCUCACAACUUAUAGCAUAUCAAGUGGUGUUCAGAGAGCAAACAAAACUGAUGAUUGAAUUUAAUGUCAAAAAUCAAUUAAAGGAAAAGCUAUCAAAUGUCGGCGAUUAUGAUAAUGACAUGAAAGAGAGAAUACGACUUUUCGGACAAGAAUUUGAUACAAAGUUUGGUUUAAAAGGAAAGGGAUUUAACGAGAAACAGAUUACGUUCGCGCAGUCAGUAUUGAGCGAAAUGUUGGGAAGCAUUGGAUAUUUCAACGGAAACUUAUCGGUCGACUCACCCGGUAUGAAAUCACCGAAAACCUACGGACCACUAGAGAUGUUGUCAGCCGUUCCCUCGCGACCAAGGUUUCCGCGGCCUUUCCUAUGGGACGAAGGCUUUCAUAAUCUGGUGAUUCAGCGGUGGAACAGUUCGCUGACACUGAAGAUAAUGAACUCGUGGUUUAAUAUCAUGAAUAUUGACGGUUGGAUUCCCCGGGAGAUUGUCAUCGGAAACGAGUCGAUCGCCAAAUUUGGAUCCGUUAACACCCAGACCGAUGUCAACGCCAAUCCGCCGUCCUUUCUAUUAACCAUUGAUUCUCUGAUUAAAAACAAACAAAUUGAUGUCCAGUUCCUUAAGAACAUAUAUCCAAAGCUUAAGGCAUGGUUUCAAUGGUAUAAUACCACACAAAGUGGUGAACUGAUUGGCACAUACCGAUGGAGGGGCAGAAACCCUGAAAUGGGAAAAAACGUAUUAAACCCUGAUACUCUGACCUCAGGACUCGAUGACUACCCGCGAGCCACACAUCCUACUGAUAAGGAAUACCAUUUAGACCUUCGAUGUUGGAUAUGGUUGGCCGCGGAUAUCAUGUCACGUAUAGCUGAUACUGUGGCCGACUCUCAAAUGAAAGCCCAAUACGAAGGAACGGCACACUUGUUGGCCGACAAUAGCCUAUUAGAGAAACUCCAUUGGUCUGAAUCGGACAAAGCGUACUGUGAUUAUGGAUAUCACUCCACAAAUGUGUCAUUAGUUAAAGGAGUACGGAAGGUGUGGACUCCACCCAAAUAUCAGCUGACGUGUGAUCAGUUGGGUUAUGUCAACCUCUUUCCCUUCAUGUUUGGCAUAAUCGAUGCAAAUAAUACAAAAUUGGGAUAUCUUUUGGACUCAAUUCAUAACUCUUCGCAGAUGUGGACAAACCAUGGCUUGAGAUCCAUAUCUAAAACGAGUUUCUAUUACAAUAAGUGGAACAACGAAGGGGAAGUGCCAUACUGGAGGGGUCCCAUAUGGAUCAACAUUAAUUAUCUAAUGCUCCGGAGUCUUAGACACUAUGCCGAUAUCCCGGGUCCUAAUCAGUCAAAAGCGGCGCUAAUUUACAAAGAGUUACGAAAUAAUAUAAUUGAGAGUAUGUUCACAGAAUAUGAGAGAUCGGGCUUUGUUUGGGAAACAUAUAACGAUAUGUCAGGCACUGGUCAACAUUCCCAUCCCUUUGUGGGCUGGUCUGGGGUUGUGGUACUUAUUAUGUCUGAACACUAUUAA